GCCAAUCGGAGCGCCCGCGCGGCAGGUGACCCUGGGCGUCCCGCGGUUGCUGCAGACGCGAGAAGAUGAUGGGAAAGAUCCCUAUCCUGGGACUGGGCACCUGGAAGGCGGCCCCGGAGGAAGUGGUGGAGGCAGUGCGGACGGCCAUAGACGUGGGCUACAGACACAUCGACUGCGCCUACUUCUACCACAAUGAGAGUGACGUGGGAACAGCUGUGCACUCCAAGAUCAAGGAAGGUGUGGUGACACGCCAGGACAUGUUCAUCGUCAGCAAGCUCUGGUGCACCAGCCACAAGAAGUCCUUGGUGAGGGAUGCAUGCAGCAAGAGCCUCAAGGCCUUGCGCCUGGACUACCUGGACCUCUAUCUCAUGCACUGGCCCAUGGGCUUCAAGUCUGGACAGGAGGACCUUCCUGUGGAGCGCAGCGGGAUGGUCAUCCCCAGUGACACGAGCUUCCUGGACACGUGGGAGGCCAUGGAGGAGCUGGUGGAAGAGGGGCUAGUCAGGGCCAUCGGCGUAUCCAACUUCAACCACGAGCAGCUCGAGAGGCUCCUGACGAAGCCUGGCCUGAGGGUUAAGCCGCUGACCAACCAGAUCGAGUGCCACCCAUACCUGACCCAGGCGAAGCUGAUCAAGUUCUGCCGCGCCAGAGACGUGGUGGUGACUGCCUACCGGCCCCUCGGCGGAUCCAGUGGCGGGGUGGACCUGAUGGACAACCCUGUCAUCCAGGAGAUGGCCAGGAAGCAUAAGAAGUCUCCAGCGCAGAUCCUGAUCCGCUUCCACAUCCAGAGGGACGUUGUCGUCAUCCCCAAGUCCGUCAACCCAAAGCGGAUCCAGGAGAAUUUCCAGGUGUUUGAUUUUCACUUGUCGGAGGAAGACAUGAGCACUCUCCUGGGCCUGGACAAGAACCUGCGUUUGGCCGCCUUCCCCAUAGCUCAAAACCAUAAGGACUAUCCAUUCAACAUCGAGUACUGAGUGCUGGGGGAGCCCAGGCGGCCCCCCCUGAGUCCGAGAAGAUGCGGGCUAUGGCGCCGUGUGACUGUCCCUUCUCAUUAAA